CAUACUGUUCCUAUGGUAACCUAUUGGGUCCUAAAAAUUAUAACAACGUGUUCAAUAAAUGAUUGGGCAGUAUUGUGAUACCAUGAUUGUUGCAUCAAGUAAUAAACGGUGCUUAUAAUGACCCAACAAAAAACUAACUACUGGAAACUGUUUUGAGUCACCUUAAACGGCUGAAGAUAUAAGGCCAUUUCUCUCUGCCACCCCUUGGAAAGCCAAAUUUACUCAAGUCACAUAUGUUUUCUGCGUGAAAAUGAAAUUAUGAGGUUUUUGCUCAUUUCUACUGAUUGUAAUUACUCUUCUGAAUAGAAUGCGCGCGCGUCUUAGCUGUACGCGUGUACAGAUAACGCGCGCAGUAAUUGCUGUGGUACGUCAUUUAAAUUCGUCAUAAACGUCUCGUUGUUUUGUCAUUUUAAAUUUGCAAGAAACUGAAAAAAGAAAUACAAACAAACAAAAUGGCUCCUAUAGACAGCCCGAGGCAUUCAGAUGCAUGGUUGAAAGGUAAACACUCUCCUCAUCCACUCCCUGGCCGCAAGAGUGUAAUGGAUCCGUGUAAGAUACUGGAGCCGAAACGGAAAACUCUUCAAUCGCUCGAAGCUGAGCGAAUUUUGACCGUGUUUCAAGACACCGUUAAACGGAUGGAAAUCACCACGACGUUGCCUUGUAUCUUGGAAUCCCUGCCACGUUUCUCUGUAAUUUUUGGGCAGGAACUCUCAGCGCAUUUGAGAAGCCAUUUGCGGUUGCAAAACGCGUACAAGGACGUCCUCGCCGAGUUGCACAGAAUUUCGGAGCGGGAUAAAGCACAGGGGACAGGGCCAGAGAAAAUGAAUCCAACCGACAAUGAGGGACUUAUUGAACUUCCCAUAAUAAAGAUUUCCUCUCCAGGAAUGCUUCAAUCGAAAAAUGUUCUCAAACAAGAAGAAGAAUUCUUAAGGAAAGGAAUCAAAUGCUCAUUAAAGGAGAUGUUACGUUUUUUCCGGAAAAAUCCAAAAGCAAUUGAAACUAUCACAGGUGAGCAAGUAAGGAUGAGAAGAAGAGAAUCAUUGUUCACAGGUAGUAAAAUGUUGUGCAGCCAGAGCCACACGCUAUUAAUGGAGACCCUGACGUCACUUGAAAAUAUCAUGAAGGAAAAGCUGCUGAUGACACCUUUUGAAGAGCAGGAAAAGAAAUUGUAUUUGACGGAUGUAAUCAACAGAGAGAUGAAGACAAAUGCUACGAGAGAGAAACUUGAAAUAAAAUACAAUGCAGCCGUAAAGGCGAAAGAGUCUGAGGUAAAGAUUUACCUUCGCAUCGCCGAACGAGAUGCAAUGAUAAAUCGACUCAAGAACGAACUGCAGCUGAUACAGAAAAUCAACCAUGAACAACAGCGGCGAACGUUGACUGAAGCCUACAGACAAACCUCGAACGAAAGCAAAGCAUCCAAGGCUAAAGUCACCAGAUAUUAUGACGAUAUUUUCCAGUGUAAAAAGAAGAUCAUCGACGACCGAAAACAGAAUAGAGAAAAUGAGACUCAGCUUAGAAAGCGGAGAUAUAAGAUGGCCACUGAGGUUUACAACUGGGUUCAGAAAUAUGACGCGGACUUAGAUGGCAGGCAGAGCGGUGUGAUCCCGUUUGAUUUCCAAGGGUCGGGGAAGCUCAGUUCGCCUCGCCAACUAUUGGAGCUUCAACUGCAUUCUAUAGCUAAGAGGUCUUGCUAUUUUAAAUAUUAUUUUUGCUUAUUUGUUCAGGACGAGUAUGAUCUUUACACGCGAAUGUACGAAGCGGACAAGAAAGAGCUCGCCAAACUUCAAGCCCACUUUGAAGUCUUAGAGAAACAAUAUGACGCCAUCAUGGAGGAACGGCGACUUGCGGAAGAGGAAAAUGCUAGAAAGCAGGAAGAGGAGAGGAAACAAAACAAAGCUGCUGCUGCCAUACAAGCAGCUUGGAGAGGGUACCAGUUCAGAAUACUUUUGAGAGGUAAAUCGAAGAAAGCUGCCAAAAAGGGCAAAGGCAAAAAGUGACUUGAAAUCACGGAAGUUGUAAUUUCUUGUUUAGUUUUUAAUUUAUUUACAUCCAUACUUUACAAAGGCGGUGUUAUGCUGUGUUGUCAUUAGCAGACAAGCUUAAGAAGGAAUAAAACGUUCAAGUUGAAAAUGUUCUUCUGUUCAUGUUGGCAGCAAACUAAAAAUGCUCGGUGAUAAGCCUUUUCUUGACUGACACAGAUCCAUUUUGUUCGUGCCUCAUAUAAUUAUACGUCAUUAUCAUCCAACUGCAGCGAAUACCGUCCAAAUAACAGUACACAUAUACAGCGAUAUUGUACAGUAAUUUGCACAGUAGAA